CCACCCGUGAAAAUGGUCUCCCUCAAGCUGUUGAUCGUGGUUGCCUUAGUUGCUACUGUUGCUGGCACUCCCACCUUUAGACUGGGCCACAGCAAAAAACUUGGUUUUAAGGCGGGUCUAUCGAUUUCUGCAAGGCUUGGCUCCAUUUUCAAGGGUUUGAAACCGUCACCAAAAGUAUGCGACUCCCAGUCUUUGAACUAUCUUCUAAAACCAAGAAAACCAAACAACUUCAAUGACGUCCUGACUCUCAUGAUUCGACUGUCACUUGGAGUUGGAGGCGUCAUGGACAAACAUUACGAAGGCUUGGGCUCACUCUCAGCGAGAAUGGCCAUUGCCCUCGCAAGGAUAAGCGUCUGUCAACUGGGAGCGAAAAAACACUCUAAAUCCCACUUCUGUACGAGGGACUUCCUGGAAUUCGGAGUGAAGGGUAGUGCUCAUAAAGUUGACGACGUUUUUGCCAGAUUCAAAGUAAACAAGGCUACAGAACAAGUCAAUAACUUAAUCAACAAGUACACCAACAAUAAGGGAAUCGGCUCCGUCAACGGUACUGUCAGAGUAUACUUCCAAGUUUGUCUUAACUUGGCCGCAUUACUUGACAAUAGAGCCAAACUGAGCAUCAAUCUCUUCAGUGCACUGUUCGUUCAAAUUUCUGUCGCAAUUGGAGCGAUUGGAAACGGAUACCAAAAUUCACUUGGCAGUAAACUAUCAAUCAACAUUAUUAGAACCUGUCAUCCGUUUAUCGUCGGUCAAGGUUUCCCUGGAAUUCUUGAUAAAAUCGAUACGGUCAAGAAGACUAUUGUCGUUUGUAACGGCAAAGGCGGCCCCGUGAGAGGACCUAACGCUGACAAACCUGUUGAUGGUCAAGGCAACGACGACUCAAAUAGCUCUUGGGACGACUCAGACGAGGGUAAUGAUUCCGAUUCUGGUUCUAACUCAAAUGACGAUAAAGGCAAAGGAAAAGAUUCAGGCAAAGGACAAGACUCAGGCAAAGGAAAAGACUCAGGCAAAGGACAAGACUCAGGCAAAGGACAAGACUCAGGCAAAGGAAAAGACUCAGGCAAAGGAAAAGACUCAGGCAAAGGACAAGACUCAGGCAAAGGAAAAGACUCAGACAAAGGAAAAGACUCAGACAAAGGAAAAGACUCAGACAAAGGACAAGACUCAGGCAAAGGAAAAGACUCAGGCAAAGGACAAGGCUCAGGCAACGGACAAGGCUCCGGCAACGGACAAGGCUCAGGCAACGGACAAGGCUCAGGCAACGGACAAGGCUCCGGCAACGGACAAGGCUCCGGCAACGGACAAGGCUCCGGCAACGGACAAGGCUCCGGCAACGGACAAGGCUCCGGCAACGGACAAGGCUCCGGCAACGGACAAGGCUCAGGCAACGGACAAGGCUCAGGCAACGGACAAGGCUCAGGCAACGGACAAGGCUCCGGCAACGGACAAGGCUCAGGCAACGGACAAGGCUCAGGCAACGGACAAGGCUCCGGCAACGGACAAGGCUCAGGCAACGGACAAGGCUCAGGCAACGGACAAGGCUCAGGCAACGGACAAGGCUCAGGCAACGGACAAGGCUCAGGCAACGGACAAGGCUCAGGCAACGGACAAGGCUCAGGCAACGGACAAGGCUCAGGCAACGGACAAGGCGCAGGCAGCGGACAAGGCUCAGGCAGCGGACAAGGCUCAGGUGACGGAAAAGGCUCAGGCGAUGGACAAGGUGCAGGCAAUGGUCAAGGCUCAGGCAGCGGACAAGGCUCAGGCAGUGGACAAGGAUCAGGCAACGGAGAAGGCUCAGGCAACGGACAAGGCUCAGGCAACGGACAAGGCUCAGGCAGCGGACAAGGCUCAGGUGACGGAAAAGGCUCAGGCGAUGGACAAGGCGCAGGCGAUGGUCAAGGCUCAGGCAGCGGACAAGGCUCAGGCAGUGGACAAGGCUCAGGCAACGGACAAGGCUCAGGCAACGGACAAGGCUCAGGCAGCGGACAAGGCUCAGGCAACGGACAAGGCUCAGGUGACGGACAAGGCUCAGGCGACGGACAAGGCUCAGGCAGCGGACAAGGCUCAGGCAAUGGACAAGGCUCAGGCAACGGACAAGGCUCAGGCAGCGGACAAGGCUCAGGCAGCGGACAAGGCUCAGGCAGCGGACAAGGCUCAGGCAGCGGACAAGGCUCAGCCAAUGUACAAGGCUCAGUCAACGGAGGUUGCUCAGGCAAGGUAGUAAGCUCAUACAAGAUAAGCAGCCACUAACCUUAAGUCACAGCCACUAAACUUAGCACUCAUUCGUCAUCUAAUAUAAAGUUCAUUCCACGAAACGUACUCCUCGGGAACUAAAUACUCGCACCUCAUUAGUCGAUAUGCGCGGCUAGAGAUAAGCGAAAAGAAUACGGCA